AUGCGCCGGCGGGGCGCGGCGGACUGGCUGGCGCUGGGGCUGGCGCUGGUGCUGGCGGCGCCGGCGCUGGCCUGCCCCAAGGAUUGCCAGUGCACCUCGUCCAUCGUGGACUGUUCGCACCGCGGACUGACGCGCGUGCCCUUCAACAUACCGCGCAACACGCACAAAGUGGAGCUUCAGGACAACAAUCUGACGGUGAUCAGGCAGGCCGACUUCAGGGACCUGCGACAGCUGCGGGCGCUAAAUCUGGCGCACAACGACAUCCACCUGAUAGAGGACUCGUCGUUCGCCGACGCAACGCGACUGGAGAAGCUAGACCUGAGCCACAACCUGAUAAGGAGCAUACCUUCUGGAACAUUCGCAAAACUAGCGAAACUCCAAGAAAUAAAUCUCGAGAAUAACCAGCUGCGCUGCAUCAGCGCGGACGCGACCGACUCCAGCAACCAGCUGGAGAUUCUACGGCUGGGCGGCAACCGGCUGCAGCACCUGUCCGCUCAGCUGCUGCGGCACAGCCCCCGUCUGCGCGCUCUCACGCUCGAGGGCAACCCGCUGGUGUGCGACUGUCACCUGACGUGGCUGGCUCGGCUGGCGCGCGGCGGCCUCCUCGACCCGGGCGCCGUCUGCCACGCCCCCUACCGUGAGUUCUGA